AUGAAUCUCGGGGGAGGGAGUCCAUCCCGGGGCUUUGCACCCAAUCAAGAAAAACCCCACACUCUCAACAAUCACACUCAACUGCCUUCGAUAUGCAGGGACUUCAGAGCAACAGUUGUCGUUAUGGUAACAGAUGCAAGUACUUGCACGACGUGCCAGAGGCCAUCGAUCCCCAGUCAAAUCCGAUCGCUCAUCCAAAUGCCGAGAACCCAGAAGCACGGAAUCAAUAAUUCGGAUGGAAGAGCCUUUUUCGCAAUGAGCUCUCGAGACUUGGAUAUCCUCAAAGGGAAGAUGACGAUCUCGCCAAAUUUUGGACCGGGGCUCUGGAAAUCUUGGAAAGCGACAUUCCUCGCCAAAGAUCUUGUGGACGAUCAUCUACCAGGGUUUGCGAUCAUUCUUUCAACCAUGGAUACGGAGAACCCACACGAUCGGACUUGGUCAUCAGACGAGUGCUUUCUCGGAGUAAUCACUCAUCUUUCCCUUUUGAACUGUCUUUCCGUUAAUGCGUUUGUUGCUGAACAAGAGGGUAGGAUCUUAUUAGCUAUCCAGGCUAUCAAAAAACAAGAAAUAGCCACAAUCGCCCUCGCUGCUCGUACGUUUAACGUGCCGCGAUCUACUUUACGCGACCGUCUCUCCGGUCGCACUGAACGAACUACUACACGCGCAAAUUCAACUAAAUUGACUGAAAUUGAAGAGGAAUCUCUUCGAAAAUGGAUCUUUUCACUUGAUAAUCGUGAAGCAGCGCCUUGGUCUACUACUGUACGAGAAACUACGAAUAUUCUACUUGCAACGCGUGAAACUACACCAGUUCAAACAGUCGGCGAAAAAUGGAUCUACAAUUUCAUAAAAAGGCAUCCUAAAUUGUCAAAUCGCUUCUCAAGACGUUACAAUUAUGAGCGGGCAAAAUACAAAGAUCUAAAGAUCAUUAGUGAAUAUAUUGACAACGAUAAUAUUUACAACUUCGAUGAGACUGGUUUUGCAAUGGGAUUAACAGCAACCGUAAAAGUCAUUACAAGAAAUAAAUACUAUGGUCGACGAUCACUUUUACAACCGGGAAAUCGCGAAUGGGCGCUUCCUCCAUAUGUGAUUUUUAAAGGGAAAAUUUUUAUCGAAUCUUGGUUCGAUGAUCUUCCGGAUACUUGGAAAUUUGAAAUUAGCCCGAACGGCUGGACAUCUAAUGAGAUUGGUCUUCGAUAG